AAUUCCUACAGGAUUCUGAUCUCUGUGUUUUGUAUGGAGGGAAAUAAUAUUGUCAGAAUCAUGUCCCAGCAGAGAAUUCUGCUUUUGAUUUGAAAUAAUAUGAUUCUGUCAGUAUCAAGGAAGUUUUGAGUGCUUGUGGCUCAGCUCUUAAACUGAGGGCCCCAAAAUGGACCUUGAGCAAACCUUUAACACCUUGCUGUCAGCAAAUGAACAACUCGGGCAGGAAAAUGAGCACUUGAAGUCGAUGCUUAGUGUAUAUAAGGAAAACAAUGAACUGAGAGCCAGAAUGCAGAGCUUCAACGAUAAUACUUUGGAGGCGUCAACAGUUUGUUCACCAGCAGGAAGAAAACUCUCCAGACUGUGGCAAACCACCUUUGAUGAGAGACAGUUCCAAAAAGACCUGCAACAAACCAAAUUCAAAAAUGAGCGCCGAACCUCAUCCCCUGCAGACUUCAGGUCCUUCAUACAAAGCUCUGUUCACACAGACACAAGUGAGAAGGCAGAGUCUCGAAGCUGCCAGGCUGAUGUUCCUCUUGAGGUCAGAGACAGACUCCUAGGAGAGAUUGCUUUCCAACUGGACAGGAGGAUUCUCUCUCAUGUCUUUCAGGGUCAUAAGAGGCUUUAUGGUUUCACACUGCUCAAUAUACCAGACAAAAUCAUAGAGGUUAGCACACAUCCACUGACAGGGAAAGUGGAUGAAGGCUAUCGGCUUCACCUUACUCAGAGGUACGCUGGCCUCAUGGAGCAGUUGAAUCAGCUCGGGUACAAAAAAACACUUCACCCUCUGUUUACUGAAUUUAUAAUCAACACUUUUGGGAUACUGAAGGAGAGGCCUGGACAAAACAGCAUUCAGGCCAUGGACUACAAUAAUCCAGACAUUCUGAGGAAGCUGAUAAAGAUCGGAGCACCGAAAAAACUUCAGGAGGCCCUCCUGAUUGUGCUCACCUGCCUCUGUGACAUGGCCGAGAAAGAUAAAAAGCCUCUUCUUAUCCGAUAGAGAUGAGCGUAUUCGGAUUAACAAAAUUAGACCUUUUAAAAAAGCAAAUUAACAUUUAUAAAUGAAAUGGCAAUGUUAUUAUUAAUAAAAUUAUUAAUUUUGUGA